AUGGCUCUUGUUAAUAUAUGUGAUGUAACCGUGCUGAACAACCCAUCCUCGUUUUUAAAACCUUUUCAGUUUGAGAUAACUUUUGAAUGUCUGGAGGAUCUUCCGGAAGAUCUGGAAUGGAGAAUAAUCUAUGUGGGUUCCGCAGAAAGUAUGGAGCAUGACCAGGUCUUGGACACAAUAUUGGUGGGCCCUGUCCCAGGAGGAAAGCAUAUGUUUGUAUUUGAGGCUGACCCACCUGAUGUCAAGAAGAUCCCUGUUGAUGAUGUUAUGGGGGUCACAGUGGUGCUGCUCACUUGUUCGUACAGAGGGAAGGAGUUUAUCAGGGUAGGCUAUUACGUCAACAAUGAAUAUGAUGACCCAGAGCUGAAAGAAAACCCACCAGCAGAAGUUCAGUACCAUAAGCUCAUCAGAAAUAUCCUGUCAUCCGAAGUGAGAGUCACCCGGUUCACAAUCCCUUGGCAUGAUGUAAAAGAGGGAGAAGGAGAAGACGGCGAAGAAAAGAUGGACGACACAGAUGCACCUUCCAAACCUGAAAUGCCAGCACCCAAAAUUUCUGACGAGUUUGAAGCGCGAAUAGCCCAGGACUUGGCUUAUGAACGAGCAGAACGAGACUGUAUGACAGGGAAAACACCACUCUCUGAUCCGGGCAACAUAUUCCCUCAGGGUGAACGGAGAUAUUACAACUCUGAAGAUUCAUCAAGUUUGUGCAUGCCUUAG